UUCUCCCUCUCUAGUCAGGAAGAUGACUGUGGGGAGGACUGCGGGAGGCCCCGAGCGCGCCGAGUGGAGCCGUGAGAUAUUUCCUCCCAAAUCAUCCUCCUCGGACACUGAGCCAGAAGAUGAGCUGUUUGGAGAAGGGCUGGUUUUGCCCAGAGCUGGCAAACUCCAUGAGUUCCUCAGCCCAGAGGAGGACACAGAUUCUACUUCUGACUCCACUGGGAGCUUUUACAGAACCCCACAGGUUCCAAAGCAGAAAGACAGGUGGGAUCUAUUGGAGCCUCUCUUUCAGUCUGAUCCAGACACUGAUCUGAACGGCUCUGAGGAUGAGGAAGACUUGGAGAGUUUCUUCCAACAAAAGAGCAUCGGGAAGCCACAGGUCCAGGGCCCUCCAUCUCUUAGGUGUGGCUCCAUGAGGCGUUGCAGCUCCCUGACCAGCCUUCUCUCUGACAUUCCCAAGGCUCAAAUCCUGCCAACCUCAGACUCUGGGCCUCCCUCCCAGCACAGAAGUGUUUGCUCUUGGGCAUCCUCCAUCACUGUCCCUCAGCCAUUCCGCAUGACACUGCGUGAGGCCCGGAAGAAAGCCCAGUGGCUGGCCUCACCUGCCUCUUUUGAGCAGGAAAGGCUACAGGCCCAGAAGCAGGGCCAGGAAGAGGCAGAGUGCCAUCGGCAGUUCCGGGCCCAGCCUGUGCCAGCACAUGUCUAUCUGCCUCUCUAUCAGGAGAUCAUGGAGCGCAGAGAGGCAAGGAGGCGUGCAGGUAUUCAGAAGAGGAAGGAGGUGCUUCUCUCCUCCUUGAAGCCCUUCAGCUUCCUUGAAAAGAAAGAACAGCAAAAGAAAGUCACUCCACAGAGUGACUCGGCUGCUGUGGCUCAGACCAAGGUCCCCCCAAAGAAGGCCACUUCUAAAAAGAUCCCCAAGUCCAUUCUGGAACCAGCCCUUGGUGACAAACUCCAGGAAUCGGAGAUCCUCAGGAAAAUCCGAAUCCAGAUGAGGGCCAUGGACAUGCUCCAGAUGGCCUCCUCUCCUGUCAGCACGAGUAGCAACAGGGCUCCCCGGACGGCUGCCCGCACCCAGGAGGAGAAGCUGAGCUUCCUACAGACCGAGUUCGGGUUCCAGCCUCGGGUGAACCCUGGGGUCCCUGACUAUGAAGGCCUUUACAAGGCUUUCCAGAGAAGAGCUGCCGAGAGGAGGGAGACCAAAGAGACAACUCGAAAUAAGCCCUUCUUCCUGAGGACUGCCAGUCGGUGUCACACUCCACGAUCCUGUGAUGCCGCUACUGCUGGUGGAGAGAAGAGAAGAACCCAGAAGUCCCCUCAGCCAACAGCUGCACCCCUACCAAGGAGUCAUUCUCUGAGUGGUCUUGCUUCUUUUUCUGCCAACACCCUCCCUGUCAACAUCACAGAUGCCACCAGGAAGCGGGAAUCCGCGGUCCGAAUGUCACUUGAAAAGAAGGACAAAUCAGACAUGAGCAUUCAGUGGUUGGAGAUGCACAAAAAGAACUGUCAGGCCAUGUCUAAAUCAGUGACUUUGAGGGCCAAAGCCAUGGAUCCCCACAGAAGCCUGGAAGAAGUGUUGGAAGCGAAGCUGAAAGAGAACAGGAACAAUGACCGUAAAAGAGCAAAGGAAUAUAAGAAAGAACUGGAGGAAAUGAAGAAAAGAAUACAAACAAGGCCCUAUCUCUUUGAACAGGUUACCAAGGCCCUCGCCAGGAAAGAAGCAGAACAGCGUUAUCGUGAUACCCUGAGGCAGGCUGGCCUGGAGGAAGAGUUUGUGAGAACUAAGAGUCAAGGCACAGAGGCAGAGAAAGCCAAAGUCAAGGAGUCUUACUGCAUCCAUGAAACUACAAAACUCAGCAUCCGAGGUUGACAGCAGGUUUUGGAAGACUCUGCAACUGCCUGCUGACCCCAGGCUGGAACAGCAGUGGCUUGAACAGCUAACCAAUCUGCUUGUUGAAAUAGUUCACUCAUCACAUCAGAGCAUCAAGCAACCAACUAGGGGAGGAGCUUGAGUUUAGAGUCAUGGCCUCCGUCAGGGAACAGGAGAACAGAAUAGAAAUUCAGAGAUCAAAGUGGAGCCAAGGGUGGAGGCACCCUAGCCCAGCCUUAAAGGUUCUUUGCUUUGCAUUUGACAGACACUUAGGAGUAGGUAUAAAAUAAGGUACAGCUGGGCGGUGGUGGCGCACGCCUUUGAUCCCAGCAUUUGGGAGGCAGAGGCAGGUGGAUUUCUGAGUUCGAGGCCAGCCUGGUCUACAGAGUGAGUUCCAGGACAGCCAGGGCUACACAGAGAAACCCUGUCUCGAAAAACCAAAACCAAAACCAAAACAAAACAAACAAAACAAAAAAACAACAAAAAAACCCCAAAAACAAAACAAAUAAACAAACAAAAACAAAAGAAAAUAAGGUAUAGCCCACACCUAUCAGGUAGGUAUAAGAGGAACAGAGGUAGAAAAAUAGGUAGCAAUAAGGAAACAGAAAUCUAGGACAGCCAGACUAAAUACAUUCUCAGCAGCUUCCAGUAACCUGGAAUCUUGGUAACUAAACAUGUAGGAAUACUGUCUGUGAAAUAAACCAUGUUUCUCAGUCUAUAUCUGCAUCCUAAAUAUAGGCCUUAUCAUUAGCAUCUGACAUACUGGGACAAGUCAUUUUUUAUUAUUUGUAGGAUUUUCUCAAAGAUUUAUUUAUUUUCUAUGAAUACACUGUCACUGUCUCCAGACAAAUCCAGAAGAGAUCAUCAGAUCCCAUUACAGAUGGUUGUGAGCCACCAUGUGGUUGCUGAGAAUUGAACUCAGGACCUCUGGAAGAGGAGUCAGUGCUCUUAACCUCUGAGCCAUCUCUCAAGACCCCUGUAGGAUUUUUUCCUCACUCCUCUUCAGGUUGUUGACAACCAAAAAUGUUAACAGAUAUUGCCAAAUGGCCUCUAGAGAGCAAAAGUGUCCCAGAUUGAGAAUCACUCCUGUAGAAAGCACAGGCUGGAAUCUGGAAAACAAUUGCUAGGAACUUGUCUCCACACUCGAGGAUAAUUCCACACGCUGGUAACAAAUGCAGCAGUCCUUCUCUACCGUUCUUUGAGAACACUAUUUGCAUAUGUGUGUCAGCAGAGUUCAUUCUAAAUAAAACUUCUUUGGCCACUGA